AUGAAGGAGCCCGACGCCAUCAAACUCUUCGUGGGGCAGAUCCCGCGGCACCUGGAGGAGAAGGACCUGAAGCCCAUCUUCGAGCAGUUCGGCAAGAUCUACGAGCUCACCGUCAUCAAGGACAAGUACACCGGCAUGCACAAAGGAUGCGCCUUCCUGACCUACUGCGCCCGCGAGUCGGCCCUGAAGGCGCAGAGCGCCCUGCACGAGCAGAAAACCCUCCCGGGGAUGAACCGGCCCAUCCAGGUGAAGCCGGCGGACAGUGAGAGCCGCGGAGAGGACCGCAAGCUCUUCGUGGGGAUGCUGAGCAAGCAGCAGGCGGACGAGGACGUGCGCAAGAUGUUCGAGCCCUUCGGCACCAUCGACGAGUGCACGGUGCUGCGCGGGCCCGAUGGCACCAGCAAAGGCUGCGCCUUCGUCAAGUUCCAGAGCCACGCGGAGGCCCAGGCCGCCAUCGCCGCCCUCCACGGGAGCCGCACCUUGCCGGGAGCCUCCUCCAGCCUGGUGGUGAAGUUUGCGGACACGGAGAAGGAGCGGGGCCUGCGGCGGAUGCAGCAGGUCGCCAGCCAGCUGGGCAUGUUCAGCCCCAUCGCCCUCCAGUUUGGGGCCUACAGCGCCUACACGCAGGCGCUGAUGCAGCAGCAGGCGGCCCUGGUGGCCGCCCACUCGGCCUACCUCAGCCCCAUGGCCACCAUGGCCGUCCAGAUGCAGCACAUGGGCACAGUCAACCCCAACGGGCUCAUCGCCACCCCCCUGCCCCCCUCCUCAGGAACCAGCACGCCGCCGGCCAUGGCCGCCACGCCGGUGCCCGCCAUCGCGGCCCCGCUGAGCGUCAACGGGUACAGCCCGGUGCCGGCACAGCCCGCGGGACCCCCCGCUCCCGAGGCCGUCUACGCCGGCGGGGUCCCCCCCUUCCCAGCCCAGAGCCCCGCCGCCCCCGGGGACCCCCUGCAGCAGGCCUACGCCGGCAUGCAGCACUACACAGCCGCCUACCCGGCAGCCUACGGGCUGGUGAGCCCGGCCUUCGCCCCCCCGGGGCCCCUGCUCGCCCCCCCGCCCCCCCCACAGCAGCAGCAGCGUGAAGGCCCCGAGGGCUGUAACAUCUUCAUCUACCACCUGCCCCAGGAGUUCGCCGACACCGAGAUCCUGCAGAUGUUCCUGCCCUUCGGCAACGUCAUCUCCGCCAAGGUCUUCGUGGACCGCGCCACCAACCAGAGCAAGUGCUUCGGCUUCGUGAGCUUUGACAACCCGGCCAGCGCCCAGGCGGCCAUCCAGGCCAUGAACGGCUUCCAGAUCGGGAUGAAGCGCCUAAAGGUGCAGCUCAAGAGGCCCAAAGACGCCAACCGGCCCGUACUGAGCCUGGUGAGCCCCCCGGGACCCCCCCCGGGGCACCCUUGGCCGGGAGCCCCACCUGCCCCCCCCAGCUCUGCUUAA